AAUUGAAAUCCCGUACAAUUUUUAGAUUGAGAUCAAAACAGAAAUGUACACUUUUAAAAGGUAUGGCUGAUUUUAAAGUGAAUUUUUACUCCAUGUAUUCAUAACAUAAUAUGUAUAGAUAUGCGCCAUGGCAGUGUUUUCGAAGUUCUGCGUCAAGAAGAACGUUUAUUCUUGGAGCCGCCUUUUGUGUUUUGACCCUGGGACUCGUCAACAAAACGAAUCCUUAUAUUGAACUUCGAAGGAAUGAUCGACAAAAUGGCCCCAUAGAUAUUCAACAAAACGGCCCCACAAACGUGCGAAAUACCAAUGAUAAAGACGUACGCAACACCCUUACCUCAAACCUAAAUCUGACAGCUAUUUCUGGAUUUGAUAUCCAGGAAAACAAUGAUCUACCUUAUGGUGCGUCAAUGCAUAUAAACUUACCAAACAAAGAAGAUGGCUUAGAAAAUGACGUCGAUGCACUAAGAAAAUUCAUAAAUCUAUCUCACAAAACUGAUGUAUUUCCGGAAGGAAAAAAUGAAUCCAAGAACUCUAUUGAUAAUGUCAGUGAUCAAACGAAAAGUACACCUAGCCAAGAUAAUGACCAUAAUGUAAAUGAUAAAAAGGCUCCAAUUGUUCCUGAAUUUUCCGAUGAUGAACCUCUGACCCCUGAGCGAAUUAUGGAAGUGUAUACCAUGCCCCCUGACUCAUCACAACUGGGGGGAAAUCAUAUUCUAAAAGAAAUGUUCUAUCCGAGUACUAGGCGAGAUCUCAAUGACCUUGUUACACGGCAGAGAGAUUUAAACUUGAAUCAGGAAUUCAGAGAUAGGCGUAAACCUGAUGUUAUUCUAGGUGGGAUUUUUAAAAGUGGAACAACAACCGCGGCACAUUGGAUACAGGAACAUCCUGACAUUAUACACAGUGACGCGACUACGGGAUAUUACACCAAGGACUGGAUGUACGCAAAAGGUCCAGAGUGGCACAUUGACACAAUUGAAAGUCUCGCUAAGACUAUGAAAGAAAGAGUCAUAUUUGAACGAUGUUCUGGAUGUUUCACAAGACAUCCUGCACGCGAAAGAAUCAAGGCCGCAUACCCGGAUGAUGACGUCAAGAUCAUAUUCGUAGCACGUGACCCGAUUGAUCGAUUAGUUUCGGACUACCUUCAAAAUAUAGUUUUAAAGGAAACCAUGAAUAUAACUUUUAGAAAUUCAUAUUUCUUUCAAAAUGGCUCUGUCAAUCCUCUCGUUACUGCUACUCAGAGAAGUAUUUACGUUAGGCAUAUGGUACUUUGGCUGCAAAUGUUCCCCAGACCAAAUUUGCUUUUUAUAGAUGGAGACUCCUUCGCAAAAACACCUUGGAUUGAAAUGGAAAAAAUUGAAAAAUUCAUAGGAGUAAAACGAUUUUUUACGAAAGAAAAAUUUACUGUAAACCCAAAUAAUCCAGAUUUCUUUUGUAUACAAACUUUGAAACACCCAUACCCUUUGUGUAUGGGGUCGUCGAAAGGUCGAAGGCAUCCCACAAUAGACGCAGAUCUUGUGAAUUCUUUGAAAGAUUUUUUCAGAUCGUAUAAUAAACAAUUAAGUGUUUUGCUGAACCAGACAUUCUUGUGGAAUAAUAAAUAUAUAUAAAUGUUUAAUUUAAAGUGUCCGUUUAUAAA